CGAGAUCUAGACUAGAACCUCACAGUCGGGCAUGGUGGUAGUAGUAGUAGUAGUAGAAGAAGAAGAAGAAGAAGAAGAAGACGAAGAAGUAGAAGUACACCAUGAGUGUGCACCUUCCGAUCGAACCAGAAGGGCGGGUCAAGCGACUAGCACCAGCCGUCACAAUCGGGUAGAGCCUUUGAAUUCCGAGCAUUUCCACAAAUCUGUCCCAUAGGCAUCAUAUCCGGGACUCAAACUAGUUCCCCAAACUACGUGAGACGCGAAUUCCAGCAAUGCCCAGGACUAACUGCACAGAAUCAACAAAAAAUCACAAAAUCAACCCAUCAUAUCAUCAUGGACAACAAAAUCAACCCGACCCGUCGACUCCCAUUCACACUGCUCGGAAAUAACGACAAGCUGUGCAGCGCAGUCAGGCUCGCUGACAAACGUCAAGAUUUGUCAAAAAAAAGCCGAGCCAAUCGUCCCGGACUGACUUGCAGAUUCCAAGAUGCUACACUGUGCGGAUCCACCGUCGCUCUCACAUCAUCCUGAACAGACUGCAAGCUUCGAACCCGAGCCAUGGUCGCGGGGAGGAAUCGAAAACCAGCAGCCGAGUCUAAACCGAUCUCGUGAAGCUGAGUUUGAUCCUAGUGGGCGCAAGUUGCAGCAUUCCACGAGUCGCGAUUCGGGCCGGACAGGACCUCGAUGCACUUGGGGGCAAAUCUAGAGGCCGAGGAGGAGAAUCGUGUCCGAUUCCGCGAGGAGGGUAGCACGGGCCGAGAAGCCAGCUUGGAAGGCUGCGCCAUCGCUUGUGUGCCGCUCCAUGUCUGGGGCACCGCGAGGCCGCGCGCCGAGGUUCCAGGUCCGAGCUCAGGAGAUUCAG